UGAUUUUUCCGACCAAAGAAAAUGAGUGUUUGUGUACAAUUUUUCUUAGUGAUAAUAUUAUUGAUUAAUCAAUUAAAUAGUGAACCACAAUUGGAUAUACCACAAUAUUCCACGCCGAAUCCAUUUGCAUAUCCAAAGCAAGUACAACCUGGAGGAGCACCUAUAUAUCCAGGAUAUGCAGCACCAACACGUCCACCAGGAAGUUAUCAACCUGGCUAUCAACCAAAUCCACCGAAUUUAAAUUAUCCAGGUGGUGGUGUGCCAAAUGUUCCUUAUGGAACACCAAAUCCUUAUCCUGGUAAUAAUCCUAAUCCCACCUAUGGACCACCACCUCCAGGUCCACCUGGAUAUGGUAAUCCAAAUACAUAUCAAGGAAAUAAUCCAAAUCCAAAUUUAUAUAGUCAAACAAAUAAUUUACCCAAUAAUAAUUAUGGAUAUCCGAAUGCAUAUUCACCCAAUAAUGGAUAUACAAAUCCUACCAGUGGUUAUCAAAAUGUAUAUUCACCAAAUAAUGGAUAUGCAAAUCCUACAAGCGGAUAUCAAAAUGGGAAUUCUCGAAAUGAUGACUAUUUAAAUAAUAUUAAUAAUAAUUAUCCUAAUAAUAAUCCAAAUUAUGGUACAAGUGGUAUUCGAGAUAUACAACAAUUGUUAAAUAAAUGGGAUUUACAAGGAUCAGAGGAAUGUACAAAUAAUGUUGCGGCACAAUGGAAUUUUGAGACAAAUGUUAAUCAAAUUACACAACUAGCGGCUCUACAAGCUCAACAACAAUAUACAGACUUUCAACAUCAUGUUUGGGAUCAAUUGAAACAUAUCAGUCCAGAAAAUUUUAUCAGUGAUCCACGCAUUUAUCGUCAAUUACGUUUUCUGUCGGCUGUUGGUCCAGCUGCAUUGCCUCCAGAUCAAUUGGAUCGGUAUAAUCGACUAAUCAAUGAUAUGCUAUCAAUAUAUAAUAGUGCCUCGGUAUGUGCAUUUAAUGAGCCUUUUCGAUGUGGUUUACGCUUACAACCAGAUUUAACGUUGAUUAUGGCACGUAGUCGUGAUUGGGAUGAAUUAGCAUUUUAUUGGGCUGAAUGGAGACGUUUAACUGGUACACAAAUGCGUGAUUUAUAUCAACAACUGAUUGAUGUUAGUAAUAAAGCUGCACAAUUUAAUAAUUAUACGGAUACUACUGAUUACUGGAAUUUCCCAUACGAAUCGCCAACAUUCCGUUUGGAAAUAGAAGACGUUUGGAAUGAGAUUAAACCAGUAUAUGAAUUAUUACAUGCGUAUGUUCGACGAAAAUUACGUGAUUUUUAUGGACCUGAACGUAUUAAUGCACAAGCACCAUUACCCGCACAUAUUUUGGGUAAUAUGUGGGCACAAUCAUGGAGUAAUAUACUAGAUAUUACGGUACCAUAUCCGGGUAAAAAUUUUCUGGAUGUAACACAACAAAUGAUUGAACAAGGUUAUACGCCUAUUGAAAUAUUUCGAUUAGCAGAAGAAUUUUUCGUUUCGAUGAAUAUGACACCAAUGACUUUAGAUUUUUGGCAUGGUUCAAUUAUUGAACAGCCAAUUGAUUUAGCUGUGAUAUGUCAACCAUCAGCGUGGGAUUUCUGUAAUCGUGUUGAUUAUAGGAUAAAAAUGUGUACAAAAGUUAAUAUGAAGGAUUUAAUUACUGCCCAUCAUGAAAUGGCUCAUAUACAAUACUUUUUACAUUACCGAAAUCAACCUAAAGUGUUCCGAGAUGGUGCCAAUCCAGGUUUCCAUGAAGCUGUUGGUGAUGCAAUAGGUUUAUCAGUGGCCACACCACAGCAUAUGCAAACAUUAGGUUUAGUCUCAAAAUCAGUGAAUGAUUUAGCACAUGAUGUAAAUUAUCUGUAUUCAAUGGCGCUAGACAAAUUAACAUUCUUACCAUUUGCAUUAAUAAUGGAUAAAUGGCGAUGGGAUAUUUUUGAUGGUAGUGUUUCAAUUGAUGAAGGAAAUUGCCAUUGGACGAGAUUACGUGAGCAGUAUGCUGGUAUUAAACCACCAGUUUUACGUUCAGAGAGUGAUUUUGAUCCUGGAUCAAAAUAUCAUGUACCAGCGAAUAUACCGUACAUAAGGUAUUUCGUGGGCACUGUUUUACAAUUUCAAAUAUAUCGUGCAAUGUGUCGUGCAGCAGGGCAAUUUGAUCCGAAUGAUCCAGAUAAACCGUUACAUAAGUGUGAUGUCUACCGCAGUAAAGAAGCUGGUAGAGUUUUAAGUGAAUUAAUGAAACCUGGAUCAAGUAUACCAUGGUCCGAAACAUUAUUCCGUGCAACGGGAGAAUCACGUUUAGAUGGAUCUGCGUUACGUGAUUACUUUCGACCAUUAGAGGAUUGGUUACGUAGUGAAAAUUUACGUACUGGGGAAUAUGUUGGUUGGCUAUACGAUGGUGAUUAUUGUAAACAAAGUUUAGAAACCGCUAAUUUACAAGUAUACGGUGGAUUUUAUAAUUCAGCACCAUAUUUAAUUAAUAAUAAUUUCAUAAUUCGAAUAUGUACAGAAUGA